GGGAGAGGAGCCCGGGCUGGACGCGACUAGGCUAAGGGCAGAGCUGGGAGAGGACCCAAGGAGGGAGAGCGAAGUGAGAACCAUCCAGAUCGCUUGUUUAUCUACAGCGAGAAAACUUUGCCUGGAACGCCGGAAACUUUUUUCCUGCGCGCGCAGUGUCUGGGACGGAGGCGAGCAGCGGCUGUGCGCGGCUCGGCUCCGGUGACUCACGCCGGGGACCCCAAGUGGGUGUUGGCUCAGAGGGGGCUUUUAAGAGAACCCAGAAGCAGCGUUGGGAGAAGCCUUUUCUGUGAGUAGCCAGAGACGUCUGGUCCUGAAGACACAGCUCAAUCCUCACCUGGACUUAUGACCCGAGGCCUUGCUCCCCUCCUGCCCAUUGAGUUCCACAAGAUGGGCUCCUUCCGCCGUCCUAGACCACGAUUUAUGAGCUCCCCUGUGCUCAGCGAGCUGCCCCGCUUCCAGGCUGCACGGCAGGCUCUGCAGCUGAGUUCCAACUCUGCCUGGAACAGUGUGCAGACAGCUGUGAUCAACGUUUUCAAAGGGGGUGGCUUGCAGAGCAAUGAGCUAUAUGCACUGAACGAGAACAUCAGGCGGCUGCUGAAGAGUGAGCUUGGAUCAUUCAUUACAGACUAUUUCCAGAACCAGCUUCUUGCAAAAGGACUGUCCUUUGUGGAGGAGAAGAUCAAGCAGUGUGAAGGUGAGAGUCGCAUUGAGGUUCUGGCUGAAGUCUGGGACCACUUCUUCACCGAGACUCUUCCCACCCUGCAGGCAAUAUUUUAUCCAGUUCAGGGACAGGAGCUGACCAUCCGCCAGAUCUCCCUGCUGGGCUUCCGGGACCUGGUCCUGCUGAAGGUGAAGCUAGGUGACUCGCUACUGUUGGCACAGUCCAAGUUGCCCUCAUCUGUUGUACAAAUGCUGCUCAUUCUGCAGAGUGUUCAUGAGCCCACAGGCCCAACUGAGGGCUAUUUGCAGCUGGAGGAGCUGGUGAAGCAAGUGGUGUCUCCCUUCCUUGGCAUCAGUGGGGACCGCAGCUGCGCAGGCCCCACGUACUCACUGGCUAGGAGGCAUUCCAGGGUCCGGCCUAAGGUGACAGUCCUGAACUAUGCCUCUCUGAUGAGCUCUGUUGGCCGGGAGAUGGUCCUGACUCCACUAACAGAGCAGGAAGGAGAGGCGUAUCUGGAGAAGUGUGGCAGCGUUCGGCGGCACACAGUGGCCAAUGCACACUCGGACAUCCAGCUGCUGGCCAUGGCCACCAUGAUGCACUCAGGGUUGGGGGAGGAGGCUGGCAGUGAGGACAAGCAUCUGCUCCUGCCACCCAGUUUCCCACCACCACACCGCCAGUGCUCCAGUGAGCCCAGCAUCCUGGAUAGCCCCGAUGAACUGGAACUAGAAGAUGUAGCAAGUGGCAGCCAGGAGGACUCAGGGAUGAACUGUGCUUCCCUCAGCUGAGCUGACUCCUCCAGGGUUUCCUUGUGCCUACUUUGUAGUCAGGAAUGAGGACUGUAUGGGUGUGUCUCCUCCAUGGAUCAUCCUGGGGCUCUUGCUUUGAGCGACACUGCCUUAUUUUUUAGGGUGUAAGGCAAGUCUCCAUGCCCCCUGGAAACAUCUGCAAACCUCCCCACUCUGGUGUCUGUGACUAGCUAGCUCCUCAUGCCACUGUUCUCCUGAUGUCAAGCCUACCCUGCUUCACCUGGAUCCUCAUCUCUGGGCCCUUCCCAUCCUAUUGGGCUGGCUGAUGUCCCUAGUAUAUAAUGCUCUGGCAUUACCAUAGCAGAAGGUUGGACCACACAUGAGCAUCUAUAGUGCCCCGGCCUUUGUAGUUUCCCUAAAGAUCCUAAGUAGCAGAAGCCAAUGAGUGGAAAGAAUAGUAGAGGUUAUAUAUAGCAUGGAAGUCAACUGUAGCCCUUGUCACAUAUGGCCCUGGGACUGUGUCCUUAUAAUGCAGUUACCUUGAAAGCAUUAUCCUAUUCGUGGGUGAGGGGGUCCAUCAUCCCUACAUAUGUCCAGAUGUCAUGUGCUAUCUACAUGAAGGGCUUUACCUAGGAGAAUCUACCAGGCUGGAGCAGCCCUGUCUUAUAUUCAGCCUCAGCAUGUUCCUCUCGGGCUUCCUGCCAGACUCCAUGAGUGAACCUUCUCAGUCACCGGUGCCUUAAUCCUGCUCCAGUUUCAGGAACUGACCACUUUCCUGUUGUGUAUAUGAGAGGCUGGCUGACAGCAACUAACCUAGUCUGUACCUGGAUUUCACUUGAAUUUGUAAAAUGUGUAUUGUUCAAAAAAAAAAACAAAGUUUGCAAAUAUUUGCACAUCG